AUGGAACGAGGGAACGGCCCAAAGAGAACUCUACAGAUCGAUGACGAUGACGAAGCUAUACUCGGUGAUGCGAAACGCAGAAAUUUUGAUGAGGCACAAGACGAGAGUCCUAAGAAAAUGGAGUCGCAGCACGCAGCACGAGAGAAAAGUGGCCGUCCUUAUCAACUCAAGGGCAUAAAUAGCAAGUAUCAUGUGGGAUGGAUAAGUGCUAUUCACCCUGAGAAUGUUGCCGCCCGGGCAUUUCUCGACGACGAGUAUGAUGGGCCUUAUUAUAAAUCGUCGACAGACAGCAACGACUACACAUUAGGCAAGAUCAAGGAGCAUAAUGUCGUCGUCGCCGUCCUACCAGCAGGCGAAUACGGCGUAGCGAGUGCAGCACAGGUUGCAGCUAACAUGAUGAGGACCUUCCCAAAUAUUAAAAUUGGUUUAAUGGUGGGCAUUGGCGGCGGCGCGCCACACCAGAAACAUGACAUCCGUUUAGGGGAUGUCGUGGUCAGCGUUCCUCGCAAUGGGUUCGGGGGGGUGUUUUACUACAACUUUGGAAAAUCGAUACAAGGCAAGAAGUUCCAGGAAACGAAACAUCUAAACAUGCCACCAACUUCGCUACUGGCGGCAGUGAACGGACUCAAGAGCCAGUAUGCUUUACGCGGCCAUCCGCUGAUAAAGAAUAUCGACGACGUCCUCGAGAAGUACCCGGAUCUACAGGAAGAAUACAGCCGACCGGAUCCAGGUUCCGAUAGGCUCUACAAGAGCGACAUCAUCCACGCGAGUGAUGAUGACGCGCCUUGUGCUGAAGUCUGCAGUCAAGAUCCGUCAUGCCUUGUAGCACGGUCUGAACGGCCGAAAAGAAAGGAGAUUACUAUUCACCACGGCCUAAUUGCUUCUGCCGAUAACUUACUAAAGGAUGCCUAUAUCCGGGAUAAGCUUGCCAUGGAAAAGGACGUUUUAUGCUUUGAGAUGGAGGCCGCAGGGCUUAUGGAUAACUUUCCCUGCCUAGCUAUUCGUGGAAUCUGUGACUACUCAGAUACGCACAAGAAUGACGAGUGGCAGGGAUAUGCAGCCAUGACAGCAGCUGCGUAUGCGAAGAAUCUUCUCGAACGUGUCCGUCCUGAACAAGUUGAGGACGAGAAAAAUAUUUCUGAGGUCCUGUCUGAUGUCCAGGAUGGUCUCCACAAACUCCUCGAUACACACCAUGAGCGACAACAUCAACACAUACUUGAUUGGCUUACUCAAGUCAACUACGCUCCUCUUCAGAGUGACUUGUUGAGGAAACGACAGCCCCAAACUGGCCAAUGGCUUUUAGAUUCCACGGCCUUCCAGGAGUGGACUAAGACAAGUAAGCAGACAUUGUUCUGUCCGGGAAUCCCUGGAGCUGGGAAGACUACCCUUACUUCAGUCGUGGUGGACUAUCUUCAAGAAAGAUUUCGAGACCAGCAAAACAUCGCCAUCGCUUACAUCUACUUUCAAUACAAUGUUGAACAGACAGUUGAUGACGUGCUGCUGAAUCUACUAAAGCAGCUUGCCCAAACCCAAGGCUCUCUACCAAGUGUUGUGGGGGAACUCUACGACAAGCACAAAGAGAGACAGACACGACCGUGCUUGGACGAGACUCGGAUAGCCUUACAUGUUCUAAUUCCACAGUAUCCGAGAGUCUUUAUUGUCAUCGAUGGGCUUGAUGAGUGUCAGAUAGCUGGUGGUUGUCGAAAAGUUUUCCUGGCAGAGAUGAUUAACCUGCAGGCCAACUGUGGAACGAGCGUCUUUGCUACUUCGAGAUUUCUUCCGGAUAUUACUGAAAAGUUCAACAACAAGAGCUCUUUACACUUUAUCGGGAGCAAACAGAUCGAGAUCCGUGCGGACAUUGAAGACAUAAAGAAAUAUCUCGACGGUCACAUGCAUCAGCUUCCAAACGUCGUUCAAAACAGCCCACAGCUGCAACUAGAAAUCAAGACUAGAAUUGCAGAGGCUGUCGAUGGCAUGUUUCUCUUGGCCAAAAUAUAUCUUGACUUCCUCGAGGAUAAGCUGACACCAAAGGCCAUUAUCAACGCCCUAGACAAGUUCCAAAGACGAAGCCGGGGAUCAGACUCAUAUGAAAGGAGUCAGGUGCUUGCCAAUGCGUUUGAUGACGCCAUGCAGAGAGUUAAUGCCCAAAGCCCUGGCCGUCGGGAACUCGCCGUUCAGGUUCUGGGCUGGAUUACGUGCGCGAGGCGAGCGCUGACCACGUUAGAACUCCAGCACGCACUUGCAGUGGAAAUAAACAAGUCUGAAUUUGAUGAAAAUAAUCUCGCCGAUAUCCAGGACUUGGUAUCAGUUUGUGCCGGACUGGUCACCAUUGAUGAAGAAAGCAUGGCCAUCUGUUUGGUCCACUACACAUUGCAGGAAUAUUUAGAGAACACACAGGAUAAAUGGUUUCGAAAUUCACAUGCCCAAAUGGCUCUCAAGUGCGUCACUUAUCUCUCGUUUAGCGCUUUUGAGGGCGGACGUUGUCAGUGCGAAUGA